AAUUAUUCUUCCUUUAACAGAAGUAAUAUAAUAUUUCUUCUCGUCCUUCGAGGAGUGUUUUUACUGUGUUCUUUGAUGAAAUGGCAAUCAGUGAAAAAGUAGAAAAUGAAGAGUUGCCAGUUACCGUGGAAACCAAUGGAUGUGUCGACCACCAACCCUUGAAAGAUGUGAAUGAUUCGAAAAUAGGAAUCAUCUCAGUGAGAUGGACGGCUGUGAUUGUGACGUUUGUUGGGUUCACGGCGUCGAUUGCGUUGCAAUCCACGACCAACAUAGCUUUGGUGGCAAUGGUCAACUUCACAGCUGUCAGAGAACUUGGACAUGAAAGGCAGUUAUUGAACUCAAUCGAAAGCUUUUCAAAUGAAGUGAAGGAAAUGGAAAACGAAAGUCAAACAUUGGCAUUCAACGAUGAGAGAUGCUUCGAGGAUGACAUUUUUGAAGAGGAUAUUGUGCCAGGUUCAGAAAACGCGUCUCAUCCGAUUUGGAAGCGUGAAGACGGUCCUUUUGUGUGGGAUGAAACGACGCAAGGUGCAAUUUUGAGCGGUUUUUACUGGGGCCACAUUCUGACGCAGCUGCUUGGCGGCCGAAUGGCGGAACGCUACGGGCCAAAACGAGUGUUUCUCGGCGUCCUUGUGUCGGCGUCACUCGUCACUUCCCUUGUUCCGGUUUUCGCCAAUUUCGGCAAGACCUGGAUCAUCGCAAUCCGGUUUUGCCAGGGCGUCAUAUAC